AUGGUCGGCAGGUAUCACAGUCAACCGCACAGCUUGGCCUGGACCCUGCUGCUGAUCACGGUAUGGAUCUUACUGGGGACCUGUGGGGGGAGUCGCCCCCUUCCAGCCAGGCCUUGGGGACACUAUGGGCUGGCAAGCCAUCUGGGCACAGGCCAGCUGCAUCUAGCAGAGGUGGACACACCAGAUCUAGCUGACCCUGAGAGCUGCGGGGCGCCCAGCCCUGGAUGUGAAUCCUUCCUGCGACAUCUCCAACGUGCCCUCCGCAACCGCUUCCGCCUGCUGCUGCUGGGGGUUGGCCAGGCCCAGCCCCUCUGCGCCGAGCUCUGCCAGGCCUGGUUCACCAUCUGCAAAGCUGAUCUCAUCUGUGGCUCCACUUGGCUGCCGCCCUCAGAAAACAGGACCUGUGAGCCUGGCUGUCCUACGUAUGGGCAGACCUUCGUGGACGGGAUGGACCUGUGUCGCUCCGUGCUGGGCCAUGUCGUACCAGUGGCGGCUCCCGGCUCUCGCCAUUGCCUCAACAUCCCCACCUCCGUG